AUGCCUCAAGCCCAGCCCGAGUUGAAGAAGAGCACCGAAGCUAACAUUGCGGUUUUCCAACAGUACAUGGAAAAGCGGGUAUUCUGCCAACUGAACGGCAACCGCAAAGUCAUUGGUAUCCUGCGAGGCUAUGAUGUGUUCAUGAACAUUGUCCUUGACGAGGCUUUCGAGGAGAAGCAGGGUGGUGAGAAGGUUGCUAUCGGCAUGAUUGUCAUUCGCGGUAACUCGGUUGUUAUGCUCGAGGUCAGUAUCACCUGCCAUAGGACUACGAUUGAUGGCGUGCCUUAUCAAGAGACUAACCUUUUGUACUUAAAAUAG